GUUGGCGCUGUGUUGACUUAACCGCAGUGACUUGAUGACGGUGAAGAAUCAACUGACGGUGGCAGGAGGUGGCGAGAUGGCAGCGUCUAAAGUGGACGGAAAGGAACUGUUUUAAAACAAUUUAGAGGCUUCUGCUUUUAAUUGUAGAGUUUACAGUCGACGAGAAGCUUCGGAUUCGUGAGUUAAAUGUGACUUUAGCGAGCCUGUCCGCGAAAGCUUCCCCUGUUAGCUUGUCUGCUACUGCUAGCGGUUGCCCGUUGACAAACAAACACAAGAGAAAAUGAAUUUAGCUCAGAGCACCAGCCUCCACUCGCACCUCCGCGACGAGGAGGCGCUGGUGGUGGAGAACGCCAUAAGGCUCGCCGUGGACUCCAUCUUAAACGUGCUUUACGGGGUCAACAGCAGCCGCAGUCGGGAGUACCAGAGGAUGGUGGCCGACAGGGACAAAGAGAUCCAGCGUCUCGAGGGUAGGCUACGCGAGAUGGAGCGCGAGGCACACACCUUGCGCCGGUGCGGCGGCGGCGGCUGCGCGUGCACGCUGCUCUCCGGAAGCGAGCGCGAGCAGGUCAUCUCGUCCGCCACAGGUGAGAGACAGGCCGCGGAAGAGCGGGCCGAAGGCGGGGACACAGAACCGGAAGUCGGAGAGCAGGAGCAACAACAACAGCAGCAGCACUGUGAACUGAGUUUGUCUUUGGGCCUCUUUGCCAAUCCACCUUCACACGUGCCCCCCCUGAGCCAGGAGGCGUCGGCAAGUCUCCCCUUUGCUCCCGUGAGCCGAUUGGUCCCGGAGCUGGAUUCGGCAGACCCCUCGGGCGUGUCAGAGGACUCCAGGAAGUCGCCGUCGGCGUCUUCCAGCGGCGUGGCCGUCAAAGAGGAGCCGUGCGACAUCGACUCUGUGCUCAUCAAGUGGGAGAUGAGCGAGGAGAGAUUCAGGGAGCACCAGGAGCGAGACAGCGGUCUUUGCUGGGAUGAAGACCAACUGGAGCGCAUGGACGGGAUGAACUACGGGGAAGUGGAUUCAGUCGCACACCAGAUGACAGAGGCGGAGCAACUGAGGAACAGGAAGAAGCGAGUCUCCAUGGCGGAGCUAUCAGAGGAGGCCCAGCGGCUGAAGAGGGCGGCAUGGAGAGCGGCCUCCAGGCGAUACUACGCCCGCAAAGUGGCCCGCCAGCAGUCGCUCCUGGCGCGCCCCGGCCCCUUCCACCACCAGACGGCUCCCCACUACGCCGCCUCCACCUCCUCUUCGCAUUGCCUCGCCUUCGGGAAUAAAAAGAAGCGGGCGCCCAUAUCCACGUUACCUCAGGAGUCGCAGGCCCAGCAGAGGGAGGCGUGGCGAGCCUCCUCCAAGAGGUACUACUACGCACGUAAAAUGGCUCUGCACCAGACCGAACCCUCGCAGUACCCUCUGCAGCACAUAGAGCCUCCAGAGCCUCCAGGAGAAGCACAGGAUGAGGUGAACUCGUACGCCGACAGUGGAGGACUGGGAGGAAUUAUGUGUAGUUGAUGCAAGACCGAGGAUGUUUAUGCACUGUAAGGUACAAUAUUUAUUGGUUAUGGAUCCAGUUGACGAGCACUAAUGAGGAGCCUUAUCAUCUCUUCCUACUGCAGUCAACACCUGUCCAAAUACUUUUCCCUGACUAUAAUAAUCGAGGCUGUGUUGUUUUUCCCCUCACUCACUGGCACUACAGCGCCCCUAGCGUGCAAGAGCCGCAAUUGCAGCUGAGGCCAACUGACUUCUUCUUAGCUCAACAUCUUUUUGGUGGUACUAAAAGACGGUGGUGGUGGUGUUGAAUAAAAAUCUCAUUAAAUACA